AUGACCGCCGCCACCGCCUCCGCCGCGGCAGACCUGCCGCCAAACCACACGCUGUAUCUCCACAACUUGAACGACAAGAUCAAGUCCGACCGCAUGAAAGCUUCACUGUACGCGACGCUGUCCCAGCACGGCAAGAUCCUCGAGAUCGUCAUGGGCCGCGCGCGACGGCUACGGGGCCAGGCGUGGGUCACGUUCGACGACAUUGCGAGCGCCUCGAACGCGCUGCGGGCUACGAACGGGUCCGUGCUGUUUGACAAGCCCGCGGUGAUCGCGUUCGCCAAGGAGAAGGCCGACGUCAUCGCUCGGCGCGAGGGCACGUUCGUCCCGCGCGAGAAGAGGCCGCGAGAGCCCAAACCUGUGCAACAGCCUGCACCAAAGAAACAGACUGGUGAAGACGGUUGCGCGAAGGUGACGGCAGCAGGAGCCACUGCUACUGGUGGAAAGUCGGUACUGCCGCCCCCGCCACCGUCUCAGAAUGUGCCGAAUAAGAUUUUGUUCCUUCAGGACCUGCCCGAGACGUGCAAUAAGGAGAUGCUGAGUGUGCUGUUUAAACAGUAUCAGGGGUUCAUGGAAGUGCGGAUGGUACCGGGCAAAAAGGGACUGGCGUUCGUCGAGUUUGGCGACGAGGCGCAGGCGGCGAUUGCGCUGCAGGGACUCUUCGGCUUCAAGCUCACGCCAACGGACACACUCAGGGUCUCGUUUGCCAAGCGAUAG